GACAACCAGGUUGCCGUGGCGCAUGCGGGGGCCAUUCAUCCAUUAGUACAGCUGCUCCGGGAUGAAGCGCCUUCUGUCCGUGAGGAAGCAGCUGCAGCGUUGGGGAACCUUGUUUUCUUCAAUGACGAAACCAAUUCUGGAAACCAGGCGGCGAUUGCCAAAGCUGGAGCGGUGCCUUUCUUGGCCGAGUUGCUCAAGGACCCCAAGGCACAAGUGACCGCAGCUGGUGCCUUGCGGAAUUUGGCGGCGCAGAACGUGGCCAACCAGGACUCCAUUUGCCGCGAAGCCUUGGAGAGUUUGGUGCAUUUGGUCGCGGAAGGAAACCCAAAAGCACAGAUGGAAGCAGCUGGUGCCAUUCACAAUUUGGCUGCCGGAAAUUCCAAAAGCCAGCAGCUGAUAGUAGAGGUGGCGGCAAGAAAGACCUUCGGGCAAAACCAAAGCUCAGAAUGACGAGGGAUUGCAUGAGUGAGAUGAAAUGCUUUGCCCACAAGCGACAAUGCAUUGUAGGCUGGUGCUUUGGAGCCAUUGGUCGCAUUGUUGAAUGAAGAGGACCCUCCGAUGCAAAUCUGUGGCAGAUUGGAAUCAUUCAUGCCAAGAUUGAUGGGUGCAUCUAUUUAAUUGCACCAUUUCAGGUGCCACGAGUGCGAGAAGUUGCAGCAGGAGCCUUGUGGGCACUGGCGAGGGACAAUCCAGAAUUGCAAAGCGCCAUUGAUCGAUCUGGAACGAUUCCAAAUUUAAAAUCAAAAUUAA